AUGGGGCUGCUGGUGCUGGCCCUGGCUGCCUGGCUGGGGCUGGCCUCAGCCUCUGAAGGGGCAGACAACAGCAGCCGGCUCUGCCAGGAGGCACCGGCAUGGAACAUCAAUGGCUUGAGCCCCAUGGAGGGGGCUAUGGGGCAGGUGACAGUGGUGGCCCUGCUGAAGGCCAGCUGACACUUCUGCCUGCAGCAGGCCCGCAGCCUCGGGGGCCUGCGGGACAAGCUGGCCCGGCAGGGCACAGUCGAUGUCCACUACAUGAUCGUCAAUGAGAAGGCACCGCUCUCCCACGCCAUGCUCAGGGAGCUGGAGCGCCAGGCCCCCCCAGGCAUCCCCGUCUUCCAGCCGGAGCCGGAAGACCCCGAUGUCUGGCAGGUCCUCGGGGGUGACAAGGAUGACUUCCUUGUCUAUGACCGGUGCGGCCGCCUGGCUUUCCACAUCCAGCUGCCCUACAGCUUCCUCCACUUCCCCUAUGUGGAGUCGGCCAUCCGCUUCACCCACAGCAAGGACUUCUGUGGCAACUGCUCCCUCUACACCAACACCACCCAGCAGGCUAACAGCACCACGGAGGCCCCUGCUACCCUGAGCCCACUUCCCAAACAAAAGGGGAAAGAGACGGAGACCCCCAUCCGCCAGCACAACCCCAUCCAUCAUCACCAUCACCAUGGGACCAGCAGCGAGAGAGCCACAGACCCAAGUGGGGACCACGAACGUGCCACCCAUGCUCACCACCACGACGGGGACCAUGGCCAGCCCCAUGGAGACCGUGGCCAGCCCCAUCAUGAGGGGAAGAAGCAGAAGGAGGGAAAUAAGCACUAAACCAGGGUGGGCAGCCUUUCAGAACCCAGUAGUGUGCAGACCACAUCAGCUCGCUUCCCAGAGGCACAAAAGGAAUGACUUUGGGCUGCUCAUCGCUAGCAGCAUUGGUAUAACCCCCUCUAGCAUCCCCCAUGUGGGUCAUUACUCCCAUUCUGUGACCAGGGAUGAAAACCCCCUUCCAACCCUGUGGGGUGCUGCAUGCUCAGCCCCAGGGCUCGGUUCUGAGCCCUCCUCCACCGCUGCCUGCUUUCCCGUGCUUCAUGAAGCCUGCUGUGCAAACCGGGAUGUGCCGGUCGCUGCUGGCUGACACUGCACAGGGCAGCAGGACAGGGGUGGAAGGGUCAGAGCUGGGGUGGGAGCAGCACUGCUGGCACACUCUGCUCAUCCUUGGCACCCCUGGGACAGCGUGUGCCCCGCAGGAUGUGACCCCACGGGAUGUGGGUACCAGUCGCAGGUCCCCAUGGUCUAAAACCUUGUACCCCCAUAGCUGCCACUUUCUGGGGACCCCCCCAAGCCUUGCACACGGGUAUGUGCAGUGGUGAUGGGUGGCCGCAAGAUGGUGGCCUUGUCCCCUCGUGGAGACCUAGGGGCUGUAUCCAGGACCCACAGCCCUGGGAGGACGGGGUGAGGAUGCUGGGGUCUCUGCUGUGGGAGAUCGGAAGAUGGUGCAGAUAUCCAGAGUGAAUAAAGCCUCUGUGAAGCGAA